GAAGUUUGGGUCCGAAAACAUUCCUUCAAGCGCUUAUAUGAUUUAUUAGCCUUUCCAGGAUUUAGGUCGCCGUGGUCAAGAGCUCAACCUACUAUGUUAGUUGGAUAUAGAUGGGCAAUCCGUGUAAUUUAACCUUGGCUGCAUGAAGAACUAAGGGGCAAUCUCUCUGAAGAUAACCUAACCUUGGCUGCAGGCUUCUAAUGUAAUACCUCAUCUGGAAUAGCUGGGACGAUGUAUUAAGUGAUGCUAUCUGUGAUCCGGAAAUAUGGAUAGUGUACAACAAGCUGAAAUAGUAUUCAGAAAUUCCGUGAAAUUGGACUCAGGUGAUGAUAUUCAGCGGCAUUACAUUUGAUUAUAAAGUUUGGAAAUGCUCCUUUUGCUAACAUAGUUUCCAUUAGCACCGCAAAUGAAAGGUCCGUGCUUUUUUCCUAACUAAUUGAUCUGUUGCGAGUAUGCAAGCAUAGUUUUUGUUCUCUUAGGGAGGAGAAUACAAGAAGAGAACUUACAUAUAUUCAGUAUUGAAUUAGGAAAUCCAAAUCAAAAUUGGAUUUAAAUUAUGAAGUUUCAUGUGGGAGAAGGGGUGGGAUUAAAUGAUCAUGUGUCAUUUUAUGUGGGGCGUGUUGGUAUUGGUUGGUUAUCCAUCCUUUGGAUUUAGCUUAAAGCAUACGGCACAUGAAUGAAUUUCAUUCACUGCUAUAUAUUAAUUUAUUUGCUUACAUAAUAUACAUAAAAGUUCUUUUAUUUUUUUUAUUUUCAGUUCUUUGUUAUUGGGUUUAUUUUGUCGCUCCCUUUGUCAACGUUUCCAUUGUCUUGGCUAUCUAUAACCAAAACCCAAUAUCAAGAAACCCUUAGCUUAGUCAUUAUAAGAAACAAAGAGCAAAAAAACAUGUGCUGCUGCUGCUGUGAUGACUGUGAAUGCAGGCCAUUAGGGUUUCUGUUAGGCCUUCCGUUCACUUUCCUCUCCCUCAUCAUCUCCCUCGUCGGUGUGGUCGUUUGGAUUGUUGGAUUGGUGUUGAGUUGCAUAUGCCCAUGUUGCUUUUGCGUAACGGUGUUAGUUGAGUUUGCACUAGGAUUGAUCAAGGCUCCAAUUUUCAUCAUCAAGUGGUUUACUUCUAAGAUCCCUUGUUAGGAUGUCACAUGCAGAGAUCAUUAACUUAGAUUACUUUGAUUCAUUUCUGUUGUUUUACGUUUGACUUACCUACAUGUGUCCCAUUGUUCUGGGAUUGAACAGCUGACUUUUUUUCUUGAGUUGAUUGUUUUAUUAUUUUUGGUAUAAUCUUUAUUUUUUCUACUUCUUACUUAAUUUGAUCUUUUGAUUA